AUGGCGCUGGGCUGUCGCCAAGGGGGUCGCUGGUGUAGCCGUGUUCCUUUGGGACGGCCCGUGCUGAGGCGGCGGAGGCCCCUCGCUGCACAGGAGGUGGAUGCUGGGUUCCCAGUGCGGCCCUACGCGGUGGCCGGCGGCGGUGAGGCGGCGGCCGGCGAAGAGCUGCUCGAAGUGUGCUGGCGGCGGCACUUCCUGAGGGGCUGCGCGGAGCCGCGGCCCUGGCGCGCCUACCUUAGCGGCUGCCACCCAGGCUUCGGGCCGCUGGGUGCGGGGCUGCGGGCCAACCUGGAGGCCCAGUGGUGGGACUCGGCGCUGGCUUUCCGGGAGCAGGUGCUGGCGGUAGAUGCCCCAUUCCACAGCCCGCUUGCCGCCGGGUAUCCGCCGACCGGGCAGAGUCUCCUUCUGCUACGCUCAGAGACGCUGCGCGAAGCCCUCCGGGCCGGCCUGCCUGUGGAAGAAGUGCUGGGGAGCGCGGGAGUGCUUCGUGAGAGCCUGCUUCCCGGUGCUUUGGCACAAUACCUUAACUGCUUAGAACUGGUGAACAAAAGACUGCCUUGUGGCCUCGCUCAAAUUGGAGUGUGCUUUCAUUCUAUUCCAGAAAGUGAACAACACAACAAAAACCUUAGAAGAAUAGGAGAAAGGACCACGUCUUUGCUUGCAUGGUUUAGUUCUCCCAGAACAGCAGGACAGUGGCUGGAUUACUGGUUACGGCAGAGGCUCCAGUGGUGGAGGAAGUUUGCAGUAGGUCCAUCUAACUUCAGCAGCAGUGACUUCCAGGAUGAAGAAGGAAGAAGAGGAUUUAAUUUACAUUAUGCCUUUCCUUGGGGGACAGAAACAAUAGAAACGUUGAAGAAUCUUGGUGAUACUGAACUGUUACAGAUGUAUCCAGGGAAUAGUUCAAAAUUAUUUGGCCGAGAUGGAAGGAAGAAUGUUAUUCCUCAUGUUCUGUCAGUGAGUGGAAAUCUGGACCGAGGAGUGUUAGCCUAUCUCUUUGAUUCUCUACAGCUAGCUGAGAAUCCAUUAACAAAAAAGACAACUUCACAGAGGAAGGUGCUUAAGCUUCAUCCUUGUUUAGCACCUAUUAAAGUGGCCUUGGAUGUAGGAAAAGGUCCAACAACAGAGCUGAGACAGGUUUGUCAAGGAUUGUUCAAUGAACUGUCAGAGAACAGAAUUUCUGUAUGGCCAGGUUAUCUGGAAACUGUGCAGGUAUCUCUGGAACAGCUUUAUGCAAAGUAUGAUGAGAUGAGCAUUCUUUUCAUGGUCUUGAUAACUGAUGCCACACUGGAGAGCGGAGUGGUCCAGCUGAGAAGCAGAGACACCACCAUGAAGGAAAUGAUGCACAUUUCUAGGCUGAAGGACUUUUUAACCAAGUAUGUAAUAUCAGCCAAAAAUGUAUAAACUUAAAUUCACUGAA